AGCAACAACCAUGUGCCUCCGACUAGAUCUUUAAGUAAGUAAGUAGACGUAGAAAAGACGACAAAUCACAGUGACAGACAGAGAGUUUAGUUCUGAUUUUUUGAUUUUCUUUUUCUCAGCCUGGAAAGAAAUUGAAAUAACAAGUGAGUGUAGUCGUCCAAGCUCAAUUUCAUUUCUUGAGCACGGUAUCUCGUACGUUUUGGUUUUUUAUUACGUUUGUGUUAGGAGUCUCCGUGCGUAGGCUAAGCUACGAAGAACGCUCAACCAAAAUGGCGGACAAGGUGUUGGGAAUGCUCUCAAGGACGGGCAUGGCGGCCGCCUCCGUUGCGGCAAUACCUGCCUUCUGCUUGUACAAUGUGGACGGAGGAGAAAGGGCAGUUAUGUUCAACCGAUUUUCGGUAAGAAUUAUGUAGUUCUCGCCUGGUGUUGCAUCAAAUUAAGAUUAACAAGUGUCCUGAACAAAGACGAACGUUGUAAGUAGAAGUGCGGCGGUUGUUCAUCUGCUUCGCAUUCAAAAUUAGACGCGUGUUGAUUUUUAUGAAGAUUUGUAGUUCUGCACCAAAUAAAAUUUUAAAUUUUUCUACAGGGUGUAUCAGCAGUAACGUCAGGGGAGGGCACGCACUUUAAAGUGCCAUGGCUGAUGUCCCCUUACAUCUACGACAUCCGUGUCAGACCAAAACUCAUCCAGACAACGACAGGUACUGGACUCUUUUUUUCGAUCCGCCGUGUUGUAUUCCUAUUUGCACUACGGUGACGGUGAUAGAAAAAGUUCUCAAUCUCAAGAUAAUUGUCUUAUUCUUCACCACAAGCGAUUGAAAAGCUGCCUGCGGUGACCUCCGAUGGUUGAAUAUCACGACAGGUACAAAGGAUUUACAAACCGUCACCAUCCACUGUAGGCUUCUGUUCAAGCCUGACGUAGAAGCUCUCCCGGCACUCCACAAACGGCUAGGGAGCGAAUACGACGAGCGAGUACUGCCGUCAAUCGGGAACGAAGUGCUCAAGGCCGUUGUGGCACAGUACUUUUCUUACAUUUUGAUCCUGUCUCUGUUUUUCGUGUCCUGUCUGAACUGAAAUAUGCAGAUUUUGGAUUCAAAAGAACAAGCGCUCGCUCAGUUCUACUCUGAGCUUUCCGGCAGCACAAAACAGGUACAACGCCGAGCAGCUGCUCACACAGCGAGAGCGCGUCAGUCAGGAGGUCCGGGAUGCCAUUGUGCAAAGGGCAAAGCAGUUUCACAUCCUGCUCGAGGAUGUAUCCAUUAUCCACCUGAAAUACGGAAACGAGUUCGCGCGCGCUAUUGAGGAGAAGCAAGUGGCCGAACAGGAGGCUGAAAGACAAAAGUUCAUCGUGCAAAUGGCAGGUAAGGCUAAGGACUUUUAUUAACCACGCGGAGCAGUGACAUUCAUUUUGUUACUGAUUUGCGUGUUUCUCGAGGCAGGCUCUGGCAGUUUCAGUUUGUCAAUGAGCGACUUCGAUGAAGUUCGAGGAUUCUCCCAACUAAUUACAGAGCAAGAGAGGCAGGCGACAGUGAUUCGGUCGGAAGGAGAAGCAGAAGCAGCGACAAUGAUAUCAGAAGCGCUGAAGGAACACGGUAGAAAUGAGAAGAUGAAUUACUGGAAUAUUUUUGUUGCUUGAUGUUUUCUAAUGGGAGGGAUACGUGUUUGACUUUGAAAGUGGAAGCGAAUUCUUGAUGAAAUCUAAAUCGUGUGUCAAAACAGGAACCGGAUUGAUCGACAUGAAGAGGAUAGACGCUAGUAAGGAAAUCGCGGAGGUGUUGUCCAAAUCGGCGAACAUAAUGUACAUGCCCGGGGGCCAGAACAUGCUUCUCAACAUGAGUGCUGGACGAUAAUGAUGAACAUUAUUCGACUUCUGCAGCUGCUGUACUACCUCUACCUACGAGGGCAUCGGCUUGUAGUUCGGCGCACAAAACUAAAUGAACAUAAAUCAAUGACUCCUUUUGUGUUGAAUGUCAGUGACAUUGACAAUGACUGGUUGGUGCAUGUCUUCUGUCAUUAUGUAAAUGUGUGUUUGUCCAUCUCAGGUCUGUCGUGAACAGAACCAGUUUUCACAACUAGCGACAUUUUCAUCCAAGAGUCUAACAGUUCCGAGAGCGCUGUGGCGUUUCACGGAGAAAAUAAACACCGAGUUCUUAUGUCUUAUCGCAGCUGACUUAGACCACGACUGCUGCUGUUCUUCUUCUGAUCUCCGAAAGGAGCACAUCGAAAGACAUUAAGAUUAACAAACAAGGCUUCUUUAUCUUUGCCCGCGGCGCUCGCAUCAGCUAUGAU